AUGUCUUCAUCAGUUUCAACACCUCUUUCCCUCCUCUCCUCUUUCCUUCUUGUGUACUCGGUCAUUUGCCUUGAAUUCAACAUCUCUCGCUUCGAUCCUGCUGCGAAUGAUAUCCUGUACGAGGGAGAUGCGAAGCCUAUGGUUGGAGCAGUCGACAUGACGAGUCAGCUCUAUUUCUGCCAUGUGGGCCGAGUCACAUACAACGAGAAGGUCCGGUUAUGGGACUCCGGUUCGGGGAAGCUCUCCGAUUUCACUACCCACUUCCAGUUCACCAUCGACACGAACGGCCAGUCUCAUGGCCAUUACGCUGCGGGAUUCGCGUUUUUCAUGGCUCCCGUGGGAUUUCAAAUCCCCGUUAAUUCGAUAGGCGGGUUUCUGGGGCUGUAUAACACCACGAACAGCGACUCGUCCCAAAAUCAAAUCGUACAUGUCGAGUUUGACUCCUUUGCGAACCCGGAAUGGGACCCCAAUUAUGAGCAUGUUGGAAUCAACACAAAGUCAAUUGCUUCAGCCGUUACCACUCCUUGGAAUGUCACUUAUCACAGCGGAGAUACUGUCGACGCAUGGAUCAAUUAUAAUGCCUCCACAAUGAAUUUGAGUGCGUCUUGGAGCUUUCAGACUACGCCAAACCCCCAGGAGAACACGAGCCUCUCGUAUCAGAUCGAUCUGAGGACAGUCCUUCCCGAAUGGGUCAUAAUUGGUUUUUCGGCCGCAAGUGGCUAUUACAUGGAACGACACACACUUGGUUCGUGGGAUUUCAAAUCAAGUUUAGCUAUGGAGGGACCGAAUAGUGGUAAUUCAAAAAGGGUUGGCCUUAUACUUGGGUUGACGAUUCCGCUAAGCGUUAUGGUAGCUUCUGGUGUAGCAAUAGCUAUGGGAAUCAUAUGGAUGAGGAGGAAGCGAAAGAACACGGAGAAGAUAACAGAGACGGCGACGCUGACGUCCAUCAAUGAUGACUUCGAGAGGCGCGCCGGACCGAGGAGAUUUUCAUACCAAGAUCUUGCAUCGGCAACCAACAACUUCUCAAGUGAUAGAAAGCUUGGUGAAGGAGGAUUCGGGGCUGUGUACCGGGGAUAUUUACUCAACCUAGACACGAUGAUCGCGGUGAAGAGAAUAUCGAGGGGCUCCAAGCAAGGGAAAAGAGAGUUUGUCACUGAGGUGAAGGUCAUCAGCAGUUUAAGGCACCGGAACCUCGUGCAGCUCAUAGGUUGGUGUCACGAAGGGAACGAGUUCAUGCUCGUUUAUGAGUAUAUGCCGAAUGGGAGUCUUGACUUGCAUCUCUUUGGAAAGAAGAGUCCUCUCAAUUGGUCCAUUAGGUAUAGAAUCUCGAUCGGUUUAGCAUCGGCGAUCUUCUAUUUGCAUGAAGAGUGGGAGCAGUGUGUAAUACACAGGGACAUCAAGUCUAGCAAUGUCAUGCUAGACUCUAAUUUCAAUGUGAAAUUGGGUGACUUUGGUUUGGCAAGGCUAAUGGACCACGAACUUGGUCCACAGACUACUGGUUUAGCCGGUACGUUUGGGUACCUUGCACCUGAGUACAUGACCACUGGCCGAGCAAGCAAAGAAUCAGAUGUGUACAGCUUUGGUGUUGUCGCCCUAGAAAUCGCCACGGGAAAGAGAGCUAGGGAUCCGAAAAGUCCAGAGUCGGAGAUGAGUUUGGUAGAGUGGGUGUGGGCACUUUUCGGAGACAAGAAGCUUCCAGAGGCAGUUGAUGAAAGGAUGGGCUCAGAUUUGGAGGAGACGCAAGUCGAGUGCUUAAUAAUGGUGGGGUUGUGGUGUGCUCAUCCAGAUCAGACUUUGAGGCCGUCGAUACGGCAAGCGAUUCAAGUUUUGAAAUUCGAGGCCGAUGUCCCUAACCUCCCAGUGAAGAUGCCUGUUCCUGUCUAUCGUGUGCCUACACCAUCGGUCAGUUCCGGCGAACCGCUUUUAACUUCGAUCAUCGAAGAGGGUCGUUGA